AGAAUGUCCGCCGUUGUCCACGACUAUUGCCCUGUCUACUCGCCCAUUUUCGGUUCGCUGGGCUGUGCCGCUGCCACAAUCUUUUGCUGCUUCGGCGCUGCUUACGGCACAGCAAAGUCGGGUGUCGGUAUCUCGGCCAUGGGCAUCCUGCGUCCUGACCUGGUGGUGCGCAGCAUCGUGCCUGUGGUCAUGGCCGGUAUUAUCGGUAUCUACGGUCUUGUCGUUUCGGUUCUGAUUACUGACGGUCUCAAGCAGCAGAUGGCUCUGUACACGGGCUUCAUCCAGCUGGGCGCCGGUCUUGCUGUGGGUCUGUCGGGCAUGGCUGCUGGAUUCGCCAUUGGUAUUGUUGGAGACGCCGGCGUGCGCGCUACUGCCCAGCAGCCGCGUCUGUAUGUCGGUAUGAUUCUGAUUCUCAUUUUCGCUGAGGUGCUGGCUCUGUACGGUCUGAUUGUCGGUCUGAUCCUGAACACCAAGGCUACCGGCGGCGAUGUCAGCUGCGGCAACUAGUUCCAACUUUUCUCGUAACCCUCUUGUCCUAGAACCGAAAUGAACUCUUGAUUUUGGUCUCUCCUCCCCUGAUCAGCCUUUGCUGGCUUUGGAGAAAUUUUGAAGCCGCUGCUACCCGCGCCAGUAUUGCGGCGACAGAGGCGGUGGAUACGGUGCGCGUGCGCAGAGAGUGAGCCGAUGCGGACGGACCACCGCUUUGUCCUUCUGCUCGCCGUGGGGAAGCGAUCUCCAGAAUAAAAAG